AUGAGUGUUUCCUUUGCUCAAUGGCUUAUUUCUCAUCCAGCAUAUAGUUACAUGAUAGAAGUUGAUCCAUAUUACCUGGAUGAUUCAUUUAACUUUUACGGCUUAAAAGAUAAAAUAGGAAAUUAUGCAGAAUCUAUGAAAAUGAUUAAAAAAACAAAAUUCUACGAACCGAACUAUAGUCACUACGAAUUAAAAUGUGCUAUCAAAUUAUACGGAGCAAUUCAUCGAAGAUAUUUAUGUACAUAUGAUGGUUGCGAGAAAAUGAAAGAAAAGCGCGAGACCAAAAUAUUUCCAAAAUGUCCUAGGUAUCUUUGCAAAGGAUGCUACUGCUUACCAUACGGAGAAUCAGAAGUUUUAGGUGAAUCAACAAUGAAACUUUAUUGUCCCAACUGCAACGAUGUCUACGAAGCACCUUCAUCAAUAUUUAACAUUGUCGACGGUGCAUAUUUUGGUCCUACUUACGUCCAUCUACUUAGACAAAGAUUUAGAGUUGUUACUCCAACAGCAUUGCCCAAAACACUAGAUCUAAGCCAUUUCAAAUUGAUAUUCGCUAAAAAACAGGAAGAAAAUAGUAAAAAAGCAAUUACCGAUAAUUCUAACCAAGAACAGAAAUAA